CCGGCGUCCUUCAGCCUUGUUUUUUCCUUCCUUCAGCUUCGGUCAUCGCCUUCAUCUCAUCUCAUCUCAAUUUCUACAUUUGUUUCAAAGACCAUGCAGACGUUAUCUGUUGGGACCCGCAUUAGUUAUCUGGGCGAUCUUGCCACUGUUAAAUUCAUUGGCGCUGUCGAUAAUACCACUGGAACUUGGCUUGGAGUCGAAUGGGACGAUCCUUCGAGAGGGAAGCAUGACGGCGUGAAAGACGGAAAACGUUACUUUUCUUGUCGGAUUCCCAAUUCGGGCUCUUUUAUCCGAGCGUCUGCCAAAGUCUUGUGCGGGGUAUCGUUCCUAGAAGGUCUUUCAUCGAAAUACAUCGAAUCCUUUCAUGGAACGAAUACACAAGAGAAAGUUAUUCUCGGCUCUUCAAAUGGCACGAUUGAAGUAGAAGCUGUAAACCUCGAUAAAAUACGGGGAAAGAUUUCAGAUCUUGGUCGAUUAAGAGAAAUCAGCUUGGAAAAUGAGCUCAUCGCCCGCCCAGAUUCGCCGGGAGCGAUUCAAAGAACGUGUCCCAAUAUACGAGGACUGGACCUCUCGAGAAGCCUGCUCCCGACGUGGGGUACACUCGCAAAAAUAUCACAGAUGCUGAAUGGCUUUCUCCACCUUUUAGAGCUUGAACUUAACGACACUUUGACGACCUGGCAACAAUUCCAAGAAAUUAUACCAUUCAUGCCCAAACUGCGGGCUGUUGAGUUGGGAUACAAUCGCCUAUCCGAUCUAUCUGGUUCAAGCUCACCCGAGACUCAAAUUGAAUCACUUAAUUUCGACAGCAAUGAGCUUUCGAAUUGGAGCAGUGUUUGGGAUAAUUUGGGAAACUUUCCUCAUCUAGAACGGGUUGUCUUGGCGUCUAAUCGUAUCAGCGAAAUCUCCGUACCGCAAUAUCAUCAGCGCAUCACUCGACUGAAGCACAUAUCUCUUUCAUCGAAUUUUCUCAAUUCUUGGCAGUACAUAGACGCGUUGAGCCUCUGGUUUCCGUCAUUGGAAACCCUUUCCAUUGGAGCAAAUCCUGUGGUAGACAAGUCGCGAAAUUCCCGCCAGUUUUUGAUAGCAAGGAUCCCGUCUCUCACAGUUUUGGAUGCGGCGGCUGUUUCUGCAAAGGAACGGACGGACAGCGAAAUUUUCUACCUGUCCUACAUAGCUCAGCAUCAUAUUUUUGAUUGCGGAACAAAUCUCCGCGAAACACUACGACAGGAACACCCCCGUUGGGACGUCUUAUGUCAAAAAUAUGGCCCGCCUGACAAUUUACUCAAACGCUCGGAGCGAUCCGAGAAAUUAAGUAGCAAGCUGUUCGAAGUCAAAAUACAGCGAAUCAUGGGAUGUCGACCUGAAGAAUCUGCGGACAUUAUCCCCCUGCGCGUUCUGCCUACGAUGACCCUCAAGUUAUUCCGUCUGAAAGUCCGCAAAUUAAUGAAGGUGCCACCCCAACAUGGGAUGACGUUAUGGAUCAAGAUGCCGGACGAGCAGUGGUUUGAACUCGGGACGGAGGGAGAUCAACAGGAUUUGGAUUGGUUGGGCCUGGAAGGUGGUUCACAGGUUGCUUGCUGCAUUUUUAGUACAUGAAACGAAUAUGGGAUUAGUCGAUCACCUUGCUCUUACUGAUGAAUACUAAUACACAGCUAUCGUCUUUUCGUUGACUACCGAGGAAGGAUGUUCAUUCGUAUCUUCUCUGCGUACACAAGUAGAAACGAUGGAUAUUUCCUGUGCAAGAGUCUAACUCGAUCUGGGGGUUUCAAUCGUGACUUGAUUAUACACUUGCGGCGCGCGCAGUGUAUUUGAGUACUUCAAUUCCUCCUACAUACUAUCCGAUGUAUACGUACAGACAAAAACAUCCACCAUGCAUCCACUAUAUCCAGCGCUGUGGGAAGAGAUAUACAAGUCAGUCAAUCAUUCACUUACCGGGCUAACGGACCCCGCGGGACGGGCUGUGGCGUUUUCCUUAGUCCUGGCGUGCCAAUGCCUUGCGAAUGCCUUUCGUGGAUCCAUCGUAACGUAUACCAAUAGGGGGUCUGUAUCCCGAGCCCACCGAUAUUUUGCACAGAGGUGGCCAAAAUAUAUCGGAGCCUCUGCGGCUGUUAGCCAAACCUUGUUUUGUCCUCGCGUAAAAGAACUUGGUUUUCUCCCUGACCGAAGAAUCCCGGAACGGAAGGUGCGCGCGUUGACUGGUGAUUACGAAUAGAUAGCCCAUAACAGCAAACGAAUAUCGACGAUCAGAUAGUACACGGUCCGCGUAUAGAACAACACCGGCAUCGGGAAUAGAGAGAAGACCAAACGAGAUAGGAAAUAAAACCAUUUUCGGGGGACGCAGGUUCCUAUACUUGAGAGCAGUUGUCCAAAUCAAUAAAGCCUAGAAGAGCCUUUAACGAUAUCCGCCGUCUCCAUUGGCGUGCCUCGGCCUGUCGUCGAAGCGUUCCUCCUUCUCCUCGCGCCUUUUGUCGUGUCUUCUGUCUUCAUCCC